AUGUUGCUAUUCUUGGCUGAAUGCUUGAUUACGGUAAGUGCCAGCGCUUUUUGUUAAAAUAGGUCUUAAAAGGGGGGUGACUACGUGACUUUUGAAGUCUGUAGAAGAUUCGUAUUUUAAGCAGUCUGUUGCUUUUUAAAAUAUUGCUGAACACGCUGUCCAACCAUUAUUAACUGCAUAGUUUUAACAAGUUACUAUUGUCGUGUAUAUACGUAAAACUUUAAUUCACAGUUGGCAGUGUUGAAAUCCGAAGCUACAGUACGAAGAGAACCGGACUUUAGUCAGUUUAGCCAGCUGGUCGAAUCCAAAAUAGGAGUUGUGGUCGAACCCAUGAACAUGAGUUACGCGUUUUCGAAUGAAACGGUAACUGAUAACACAACUUGCACCUUGACAUUACAUAAGGAGAGCUGUAUGCAUGCGACGAUAAAGCCUAGAGACAAAAUAUCUUGGGAUACACGAAUAUGUUUCAAGUGGAAAUGUAGUAAUACAGGUAGUAAACUAAAAAAAGCUUGUAGAAAAAAAUAAAAGCUUAAAAUAUUUUUUUUACAAUGUUGUUAAAACAUUAAAUAACAGAAAUCCUAUUUUCUGCCCAACUGGCAGGUUAUUAGACAUCAAUAUGAAAAACGAUGAUUUAGAUGAACAUGUAAUGAGGAUACAAGAAUGUUGGACUGGAAGUUCGGCCAAUCCCAUUUACUUGAUCAAUGAUAAUGGCUGUAGUCGCGAGAAAACAAUGCUCAGUUCUCCGAAGUACGAAAAGAAUCUUACUGUAGCAUAUUCGGUGGGAUGGUUGUCAGUUCGACUGGUCGGUGCUGAUACGAUACGACUUUCGUGUUCCGUGAAGUUGUGUCAUUUAUGUGAUACGAAGUGUCGAGGAUAUACGGUGAGUUUUCGAAAGUUUUUUUUUCAAAUUGGGAAUGACAUAAUUCUGUAAGAGAUUUGUGCGUAGAAUAUGCUUAUCUUCAAUAUUUUAUCUUCUUUCGAUUAAGCUAGAAAAUACUAUUAUAAUAACACUAUAAAUUAAAUCCUACAGCCUCCAACCUCAUGUGGAGAGCCGGAUAAGCUUCUGCGGAAGCCCUUUACUGUGUGGAACGAAGCGUUAUACCUGAAAAGGCUUUGCGACCCUGAGGUAAUGACCAACUUUAGUAGUUCAAGAUAUUUUAAAGUCCUUUUAUCUUUAGCAUUUAUAA